GAUCUCUGCAGACAGCUUCCAAAUAAGUUUUUUUGAGUGGGAAGCUGUGCAACAUCUGCAAAGAGGAGCCCUUCAUCUGUCCUGCGUGCACCCCAAAUAUGCUUGCAGUUUCCGUGGAUGGAAAUCGCAAGCAUUACCGGUUCAAGAAUGCAUCUAGAUCCGAGGAACAGGCCAUUUUUCAAGGCGUCUUCAUAGCCAAGGAUGAAGACGUUGCCACAUUUGUGGACCACAUACACAGGACAUCCAAACAUGUCUCUGGAAGAGGUGUUUGUGGAGGGGAGUGGUCAGCAGCUAGAGAGACCUCCCAAAGAUCCACCAGCAAGGUAGAUGAGGAGGGACUGGAGCUUGCGGUGUGUAGGCAUGGUGUUCUGCUGCGUGCUCUCAAUAUGUACAGGGGAGAAAUGUUUGCUUAUCCCCUGUAUUUGCAAGAAAAGCUUGCCAGCAGGCAAAUCACUUUCUUCUGUAUGGAUGUGACCUGCAAGUAUUGGCCCUACCUCCAAAAAGUUGCAAAAAGCUGUCCAGAGCUCCAGCCCCUCCUCAGCAUGAAGCCGUUCCUGUCUGUAUUUCAUGCCAAAGCUCAUGAUUUCAAAUGAGAGGUCAAAUGGAGUGGGGCAUAUCAGGAAGGGGCUGGCCUAACACUAGGCGAGGAGGUUGAGCAGUGCAAUGCCUUCCUCUCUAGGAUUGCAGUGACCACAAAGCACAUGUCAAAAGCUGGACGCACAGACAUGCUGACUCUCUUGGCCAUGCGCUGGAAUCAGCAAAAGUUCGACAAUUUGGCCACCUCACUGUCUCACAGAUAUCACAAGACCAUAAAAUCUCUACAAAGCAAGCAACAGAAUCUUGAGUCCAUGAAAGCUCAGUUGGCAGUGACAGAGAGCCAUUUGGAAGACUGGGUCAGUGAUGUCAAAGAGUGGGCAGAAGACUCUGUCGAUCUAAGGACAAAGAGAAAGGCGUUUGACAUCAUCAUGGCAGUAAGGAGACUGGAGGAGGAGAAGAAUAUUCUUGUUCUGGAGAUGGACCACCACUGGAAAUGGCUUUCAACUCGUGCAAAGACCUCGCAAGAGUUGUCCAGUCUACUUUCUAGUGAGACAGUGAAAAAUUGGCCAUGUGGCUUUAGUGAAGAGGGGUUGAAAGGUCUGCAGAGCAUCAUCCUGAGAAAGCAGCAGAACAUCAGAGAGAAGAAGAAGCAAGCUAGAGACUGCUACCUGCGACUUUUGUCUGGAGAGACUGCAGAGAACAUGAGCUUCUUGCACAAGCUGGAUGAUUCUGACAGUGACUUGGACAGUUCUGAUGAUGCACUGUAA